AUGGGCAAAGUGAAGGUGGGAGUGGCGGUCGUUUGCGCCGCGGCGGUGUGUGCGGCGGCGGCGUUGGUGGUGCGCCGCCGAAUGAGGAGCUCCGGAAAGUGGGGUCUCGCGGUGGCCAUGGUGAAGGAGUUUGAGAAGCAGUGUGGGACCCCAAUUGCGAAGCUGAGACAGGUGGCUGAUGCCAUGGACGUUGAGAUGCACGCGGGUCUUGCUUCUGAAGGUGGCAGCAAGCUCAAGAUGUUGAUUACCUUCGUCGAUAAUCUCCCUUCUGGAGAUGAGAAAGGACUCUUUUAUGCGUUAGACCUUGGUGGCACAAACUUCAGAACACUUCGUGUGCAAUUAGGUGGGAAAGAGAAAGGUGUUGUGAACCUAGAGUCUGAAGAAGUUUCCAUUCCUCCUCAUUUGAUGACUGGUUCCUCACAUGAACUGUUUGAUUUUAUCGCUGAUAAACUUGCAAAGUUUGUUAGUUCUGAGCCUGAAGAGUUUCACCCUGCCCCUGGUAAACAAAGGGAACUGGGUUUUACCUUCUCUUUUCCAGUGAGACAAACAUCAAUUUCAUCUGGGACUCUAAUAAAGUGGACCAAGGGUUUCAAUAUUGAGGAUGCGGUUGGAGAAGAUGUGGUGGGUGAAUUAACCAAAGCCUUCCAAAAAAUUGGUCUGGAUAUGCGUGUUGCAGCUUUAGUUAAUGACACAGUUGGAACAGUAGCUAGAGCAAGAUUCAGCAAUCCGAAUGUCAUUGCUGGAGUUAUUCUUGGUACUGGGACAAAUGCAGCUUAUGUAGAGUCUGCACAUGCAAUUCCAAAAUGGCAAGGUCUUCUACCAAAAUCAGGAGAGAUGGUUAUAAACAUGGAGUGGGGUAAUUUCCGUUCCUCCCAUCUUCCUCUAACACCAUAUGAUGAAGAGCUAGAUUCAGAGAGCUUAAACCCUGGAGAACAGAUUUUUGAAAAGAUAAUUUCUGGUAUGUAUUUGGGUGACAUUGUAAGGAGAGUUUUGUUGAAGAUGGCUGAAGAAGCUGAGUUCUUUGGAGAUACUGUUCCUCCAAAAUUGAAAAUUCCUUUCAUAAUUAGGACACCUGACAUGUCUGCAAUGCAUCAUGAUGCAUCUUCAGAUCUGAAUGUGGUCGGAACCAAAUUGAAGGAUAUAUUAAAGAUCAAUAACACAUCCCUUCAAGUGAGGAAGCUUGUUGUUGAAGUCUGUGAUAUCGUUGCUACUCGGGGAGCGCGUCUUUCUGCUGCUGGCAUCUUUGGCAUCCUGAAGAAAAUAGGAAGAGACACAGUAAAGGGUGGGGAGAAACAGAAAUCAGUGAUAGCACUGGAUGGAGGAUUGUUUGAACACUAUGUUGAAUUCAGAAGUUCCUUGGAGAGUACACUGAAGGAGUUGUUGGGAGAUGAAGCAGCUGAUACAGUUGGUGUUGAGCAUUCUAAUGAUGGCUCUGGAAUUGGAGCAGCACUCUUGGCAGCUUCUAAUUCCCAGUAUUUGGGAGUGCAAGACUUUUGAACAUGUGGUUUAAGCCAAGGUUAACCACUGUAACACUAGUUUCAUUUUUUGGUACGCCUAAUAGAUCAACGGAUUGAAGCUAAAAGGCCUUAGUUACUAGUCCUAGGGAGGUUUCAGCAGAAGGGGGAAGGUAUUUGUAGGGUUCUGUGUUCUUGCUGCUUCUUGGAUAGUUACUGAGGCAUUGUUUUGGUUAGUGUUUGUCUCUCCAACAUCAAGGAAUAAUAGAGAGAUAUAAACUUUUGAGUUUUCAUGUUUUUCCAAUGUAACGUUUUCAAACAAAGUAAACCAGGAUUAAUUUAUUGAAUUCAAAGCUUUUCGGAGUUAUCAAUGAAGAGUUGAGUUGGCUCUGUUUAUUA